AGAUGGCAGCAUGAUAGAAUUUUUACAUGUGAGCGGAUCUAUGCCAAUCUUAUGGUCAACAUCGAGAAAAAUCAAGAACUUCUGGUUAUUGAGUCAAUAAUAUUGACUGUGUUUUGUCGUCUGUUUUUUUUGCAUUAAUUUGAUCGACCAAACGACUAAUUAAUACUACUAAUUCGGUGAGAUGAGUGAACCACUGAUGGUAAACAUUGAACUUGACUAUUCUGAGAUUAAAAAUAUCUUGGACAACCAUGCCUCUAGAGAGUCAACCAAAAGAUUGUUACGUACUGAAUUGUCAAGAUUGGAAGCUCUCAAGAAAUCUUUUACAAAUAAAGCUACAAAAACUAUCCCGACUGAAGCAGAAUUGAUUCCUUUGUCGAACUUUGCCUGGGAUCAGACUGACAAAUUUGUCAAAAUUUACCUUUCUUUGGACGAUGUUAAAGAACCAUUUGAGGAUCACUCAAUCAAAUUAAUAUUUCCUGAUGAAAGUUCUUUCCGAAUUGUUCUCGGCCGUUACAAAUUCACUUUAACUAAACUCCAUGAAAAAAUUAACACCCAAGAAAGCUACUUUAAGCGAACAAAGUCAAAGAUUGUUAUUUAUCUGAAGAAAAAGAGAGAAGCCAACUGGAGUAACAUUCAGUAUAGCAAGCCCACCACUGUUUACGACGAGAAGGACAAAGAAGAUCCUGACGCUGAUCCAAGUACAGCUUUGAUGAGCUUGAUGAAGAAAAUGUAUCAAGAAGGAGAUGAUGAAAUGAAAAGAACAAUCGCAAAAUCAUGGUAUGAGGCUCAACAUAAAAAGGAACCAGAAAUUGAUUUGCCUUAAAAUGGUUUGUUAAUCUGUUUAGAAAACCUUCUUCUAACUUAAUUCCAGCCUUUUCUACUAUUUUUGUGUUUCGAUUUAAUGUCUUUAUCUUGUAAAAUGAAGAUAAAAAAUAUCCUGUACUAUUUCUUUAUUCAGUUGAAUAAAUGCUAAAUAAAGCUAGAAAACAUCAGAAA